UUUAUUAAAAUAAAAUAAAAAAAAUUAGUAAAACAAAAAUAAUAUUUAAAAACUUUUAACUAAAAAAAUUAUAAAACAAAUAAUUUUUACAAUAAAAAACAGUAUUUCGUACGGUACCUAGCGGCGCUUUUUCAAGAAGAACGUGUUUGUCUCCUCGUUUCAGCAUUGCAUAUGCAAUUUAUGUAUAACGGUUUGGUAUGUUGUUGCUUUUGUUUUAAUUACUUUUGGCUUAAUUUUUUUGUUACACAAAAUAUAUUCACAAAAGGAAAACCAAAAAAAUGAAAAAUGUAAACUUUCCAAAUAAACAAAAAGGCUUUUUAUGCUAAACAAUUGUUUUUGAUUUUGUUGUUGAGUUUUUUAAUGCUGAUUAAAAUGCGUCCUAUGUAGACUAGAGAGAGAGCAAAGAAACACUGCAAUCAAGCAAUUAAGCAAAUAACAAUUAACAAAGUGCAGAUGAAGUGUGUGUUUUUGUUGUUGUUGUCGUCAAAUGUUUGCGCUUCAGUUUUUUAUAUAAAAUAUUUGCAAAAAUAAUACGAAAGAGAAAUAAUUUGAUUAAAUUAUAAAUUUUUAAUUUUACCAUUCCAAAAAUAAAAGAAAUUCAUUUGUGAAGAGAAAAAUAUAUUUUUCAAUAAAUGCAAUUAAAUGCACUAAACACAAUGGAUUGCAGCGUUCGUUCAAGUCAAGCCGAUUCGGAUUUAGGUGACGAUUUGUCACAUGAAGAUCAUUCCGAUGAUGAAAUGCGUGAAUGUGAUUCUAUUGAAGGGGAUCAUGUCAAUCGUACAGCACGUUUAAAUCAUACUAUAACAAGUAACGGUGGUGAUAUGAGUUUUAGCGGUGGUGGUAGUGGUGGUAUUGGAGGAAUUGGUAUUGGUCGUAGUCCAGAAUCUCAAGCUGAAAUGCAAUUAAGUCAUCAUCAUCAAUUUACAACUAAUCCAUUGAACGCUUUGGGAAAUUUUAUGGGCAUUGGUGGCUUACAUGGUAUACCCAAUUUACAACACAAUGAUGUGUUAGAAAAAUUGAAAAUGCAAGUGCGUGAUAUGAAAGUUGGACUUAUGGAACAAGAUUAUGCAGCCCAUGCUGCUGCUUUUGGUGCAAAUGUUUUACCAACACCUAUUAACACCGCAUUUACUUUACCACCCACCACAAUAGCUUCGUUUGGUCACGCCGCACCAAAUAUUGCACCUUCAGCUGGCAACAGCAUGUCUAAUGGUAAUCUAGGUUCACAAAAUUCCACAAGUACUUCAGCCACAAGCUCAGCGUUAUCCAAUGGCGGUAACAGUUUUUCCUUUACGUCACCAACGGCACCGAGUUCAAGAGAUGUAAAUCCUGCUUCAAAUUCAUCCACAUCAAGUGAGGCUUCUAAUUCAUCACAGCAAAAUAAUGGCUGGAGUUUUGAAGAACAGUACAAACAAGUCAGACAGCUUUACGAAAUAAAUGAUGAUCCUAAACGUAAAGAGUUUCUGGAUGACUUGUUUUCGUUUAUGCAGAAAAGAGGCACUCCUAUUAACCGCCUGCCUAUAAUGGCAAAAUCUGUACUCGAUCUCUAUGAAUUGUACAAUUUAGUUAUAGCACGCGGUGGUUUAGUGGAUGUGAUAAAUAAAAAGCUAUGGCAGGAAAUAAUCAAAGGUCUGCAUUUGCCAUCGAGCAUCACUAGUGCAGCGUUCACAUUACGUACACAAUACAUGAAAUAUCUUUAUCCAUACGAAUGUGAAAAGAAAAAUCUCAGUUCACCUGCGGAAUUGCAAGCCGCAAUCGAUGGCAAUCGUCGUGAAGGACGUCGUUCCAGUUAUGGACAAUAUGAGGCAAUGCACAAUCAAAUGCAAAUGCCACAAAUGGCACGUCCUUUAUCUGGUGGCAUGCAACAAAUGUCACCCCUGGCAUUGGUUACACAUGCAGCAUCGGCUGCUGCUAAUCAACAAGCUCAAGCUGCUGCUGCUGCUGCGGCCGCACAUCACAGACUGAUGGCGCCCACAUUUGGGCAAAUGCCAAAUAUCGUAACACAUGAAAUCGAAAAACGUAUGAUGGAAUAUAUAAAUAUGAUGCAGGGAAAAAAGGAUCAAAGCGCUUUAGGCGCUAAUGCCGGCAUUAAUGGUAGUGGCAGUAGUAGUGGUACACCACAUCAACAGCCACAACAACAACGUCAACGUUCGCAAAGUCCCGAAAUCACUACACGUGAAGCACUGAAUGCUCUGGAAAUGUCACGUGUUGCACUUUGGCAAAUGUAUCACAACAACACAAGUCCACCGGCCUCAGUCAAUGCUUCACCUCAGGGUGCAGCAGAAAUACAACGCGUUGAACCGCAACGCAGCGAGGCAUUAAACCUUUCAGACUCACCACCGAAUCUCACCUCUAUUAAGCGUGAACGUGAACCAUCACAAGAACGUGAAGAAUUUCACCAUCAGCCGCCACCACCAAAACGUGUCGACAAGGAUCUGUUGCGUGGUGGUAUUAUGCCUUCUGGUUUUCCUGCUAGUUUCUAUUUGCCACACGGUAUGGCGGCAGCAGCUGCAGCUGCUAAUUUUCACCACAGCACACAUCGACAAGACUCUGAUGUUGAGAACGAGGAUGAAUUGGAUGAGGAAGGUGAACAUAAUACGACUGUGAAUUCAUCGAAUGAAGAUCAAGAGCGUCAGCGUCUAAAUGGACAUCAUCAUCAUCAUCACCACCACAACAGUAAUGCCAGCGGUGUGAUAACUGAUAAAUCAGAUGAUUCCGCUAUAGAAAAUUCACCAUCCACAUCAGCAUCGGCGGGAAAUGGUCACCUAUCACCGGUAACUACAAAGAAGGCACUUCUAACAAAGACGCAACAAAGCAAUUUAAGUGAAACUAACGCCAGCACAUCAAAUAAACAAAUUAGUGCUCUGGAAACACUAAGUUUGUUGUCAGGUCUACAGUUUCAAGUAACGAGAAAUGGAACCAAUGAAAAUGGGGAACAACAACUCAUUGUCAAUCUUGAGUUGAAUGGCAUGAAAUACUCUGGCGUGCUAGUUACAAACACGACAACAGCAACAAGUGGCAGCAGCAUCAAAAGCAGUACAACAGCUAACAUCACCAGCAGCCCGAGUAGCAACAAACAUGGCAAGAAACGCGAUCCGCUCAAGCAAGCACUUAACAGCAGCUUGCACAGUAAUAAGGACAACAGCGAAAGUUUACAUGCCAAGGACGACGAUAUAAUGGAUGAAGACAUGGCGAAUGAAUUAACAGAAGCGGACGCAGACACAGAAACACUUGCCGACGCUGUAAUACCCAUGGAAACAACACCACCAAAGGCUAAAUUAAGUGCAACUACUGCAAUUGCGGCAAAUGGGGGCAACAAUGUGUCGGCAACAAUACAGGACGCAUUAAUCACAACUUAAAGUGCUACUGCUCCUUUUGCUGUUGCAGCUAGCACUGCUGCUGUUUAAUAAGGAUUAGAGCAGUCCUUCAACAGUUCUAUAUUGGAACUAACAAAAUAAGUUAAAAUUCUGCUGAUUGCAAAUUUGUUAAGUAGGAUUUUUUUAAAAGAGAGUGUGGAGAAAACUUCAUAAUAUUAUUCCACUUUGAUUUGGAAACAAAUUUUAAAGCAUGCUUUUAGGCUGUCCCACAAAUAAACAUGAUUUUAUUUUAUUGCGAACAAUAAUUUUUA